CGAUCGCCUAUAUAAGCAGCCAAAAGGACAGUGAAUUGGUCGAAUCGAGUUGAACUGAUCAUCAAUCUUCUUCAAUCUUUACCUUCUCUACAACUCCACUACUUUUCUUCAAUUUUUUCCCUUUUCGAUCCUACUUUCUCUGUUCUCGAGUCCUAAAAGCAAUUGAACUCUGUGGUGAAGAAAGGCUUGCUUGCAAAUUACAACCUCUAAAUCAUUGUGUAUUCUGAUCAAUCUACUAAUUUUAUUCCGGCUGUACCGACUGAGUUUGUGAAGUUUGCUUUAAACACGAUGGGUCUCUCCAGUCUCCCAGCUCCGUCUGAAGGAGUUCUGAACGUGAUUCUUGUAAACACUGCUCUAUCUAUUUCCUUGUUCAAAUGCAUUGUUCGUUUAAUCCUUCACAUGGUAGGAAUCCGUCUCUCAUGGCCAUCAUCUGUAGUCCCUUCAACAGAUUCCUUUGAAAGUUCCUCAGAGUUGGGAGAUCCCAUUUUUGGCUCUUCUUGGAAUUACCUUGACAUGUUUCGAAACCGAUAUCCAAGGAUUAGAUUUGAUAAAGUACAGAGUUCAGAACGUCGUGAACAUGACUGCUCGGUCUGUUUAACUCAAUUUGAACCUGAAUCGGUGAUAAAUCACUUAUCUUGUGGCCAUCUUUUUCACACAGAAUGCUUGGAGAAGUGGCUGGACUACUGGAACAUCACAUGCCCUCUUUGCAGAACUCCUCUAAUGUCUGAAGAAGAGAAAUCUUGCUUUUGGAUAUUUGCUAAAGCAUUAUGAUCAUUUAUCGAAAAGUUCUCACGUCAGGCUUCAGAAAAGAGAGGUUUCGAGAAGUACUUCACUUAGUCUUUCUAUUGUUGUCCUUUUCCUCCAUCCUCACUACGCUUAACUUGACUUGAGUUGGUAAUAGUCAUCUUCAUAUUUUUGUUAAAAAACCCCAUGCUUGUAUUCAUUUACUGAACAGGAGUGGUACCCCUACUUGGUUGCUAAUGGACUGUAGCUAGGACAAGGCACGGUUCAGAUACCAAGUCUUUCCUAUUGGACGUUUCUUGCAGUUUUCAGCCUCCUUAAACCUACUAAAAUCAAAGUGAAAUCUUCCUCUACUAUAUGCUGUGAUGCUGAAAACUGCCUUCUCUCCCUUGCUUAUCUUCGUGAAACUGAACAUUAGAGUUGCUCCAUGGAAAUCGAGCAGCUCAAUCCAUUAGAUAGUCAACAUGAUUCUGGAGAUCAUAUGCUCGAAUACCAAAAGGAUAAAACCAGAAUGGACUCCAAAAUGAAGAGAGAGAGAGAGGGUAUAGACUAACGUUUUGAAAAAAAUUAAACAGGUUGAUAAUAGCUUUCGACAACUUCUCCCUCAAGCUUGACCGACACAUAUCUCCCUCUUACGACCUUACUUUAGUAGGAUAAGUUCACAACCAUGUCCUUGAAUUAAAAAAAAAAAAAAACAUAUAAUCCCCCAUCUUCCUUUGUAACUGUCUGCUACCAGUCUUCCUUUAUUCUUUCAUAUAAAGUGAUGUAAUUCAAGAGUCAACAGCAAGAUGUUGACAUGGUCCAUUGCAUAUGUGUUAGAGGAAGAGUUAAGGAUGAAUAAACUAAAGAAAGAUCAUCUCAAUUUUCCUUA